AUGAAGCUCAUACUCCGCCCGACGGCCAUCAGUAGUAGUUGUAGUACUGCCACCGCCACCGCUGCCCUGCUAUCCCGGUCACGACCGCUACAUUUUCAGAGAAGCUAUGCGACCCAGAAUAAUCCAGGCUCAACGUCCAAGCGAAGAUCCGUAACACCAUUCAACGACGACGGUCAUGUGCCCUGGCAAGACCUAUCAGGUGCCGAGAAGACAGCCAGAGCGACCCAACAGACCUUCAACUUUGGUCUGGUCGUCGUCGGUGCCGUACUGACAGGCGGCGUCGCAUAUUUCCUCUAUACAGAUGUCUUUUCUCCCGAUAGCAAGACUGCCUACUUUAAUCGCGCCGUCGACCGCAUAAAGAAGGACCCCGACUGUCUCACGCUGCUGGGAGACGCAAAGAAGCUCACGGCUCACGGAGAGGAAACCUACAACAAGUGGCGCCGUGCGAGACCGAUCGCAUCUUCGCACACAACGGAUAAUCAGGGUACCGAGCACAUCAUGUUGCAUUUCUACAUGGAGGGACCUCGCAAUAGAGCCACGGUUAAUGUCCACCUCACGAAACGGGCUGGCGCCUCCGAGUUCGAGUACAAGUACUUUUACCUUGACAUACCCGGACAUCAGCGCAUCUGGCUGGAGAAUGCCGAUUCCAAGUCUUCCUCGACUUCGAAAAAGUACAAGUUCCUUGGUGUGAAUUGGAACUGA